GAAAUGAUUAUCUCUUUUCUAUUUUAUUGGGUUCUCAAAAACGACAACGACAACGAAAACGAAAUCGCCUCCUCUUCUUCUCUUGGACUUGGAAAUCAAUCUUUCGCCGCCGAGUUCUUCUCUCUGCGGCGGAAUCAUUUAGCAAUCUCCAGGUGGGGAAAAAGAGGAUGGCUUUGGUCGGAAAAUCCGAGAGAUUCUCUGCGGAUUUUGUGAUGGGAGGUGCUGCAGCCAUUGUUGCCAAAUCUGCAGCUGCUCCAAUCGAAAGGGUGAAGCUUUUACUUCAGAAUCAAGGAGAGAUGAUAAAGACAGGACAUCUCAUAAGACCUUACACUGGUUUGGGUAAUUGCUUUGCCAGAAUCUUUAGAGAAGAAGGUGUUUUGUCCUUUUGGAGAGGAAAUCAAGCCAAUGUCAUUCGAUAUUUCCCUACACAGGCUUCCAACUUUGCAUUUAAAGGUUACUUCAAGAACCUUCUCGGAUGUUCGAAAGAGAAAGAUGGUUACUUGAAGUGGUUUGCUGGAAAUGUAGCUUCGGGAAGCGCUGCUGGAGCAACAACUUCCUUGUUUCUGUACCAUCUGGAUUAUGCGCGGACCCGUUUAGGCACUGAUGCAAAGGAAUGUUCUGUUAAUGGCAAGAGACAGUUUAAAGGGAUGAUCGAUGUUUAUCGUAAAACUUUGUCGAGCGAUGGCAUUAAAGGUCUUUACCGUGGAUUUGGUGUGUCAAUAGUGGGAAUCACUCUUUACCGAGGAAUGUAUUUUGGGAUGUACGAUACCAUCAAACCCAGUGUUCUAGUCGGUUCCUUAGAGGGAAAUUUUUUGGCUAGCUUUCUAUUGGGUUGGAGCAUUACUACCUCUGCAGGCGUCAUUGCUUAUCCUUUUGACACGCUUAGGAGGAGAAUGAUGCUUACAUCAGGACAACCUGUAAAAUACCGGAAUGCUAUUCACGCCUUAACAGAGAUAAUGAAAUCAGAAGGGUUCUAUGCGCUAUAUAGAGGAGUUACUGCGAACAUGCUUCUUGGAGUAGCAGGAGCGGGAGUUCUUGCAGGGUAUGAUCAGCUUCACCGGAUUGCUUAUAAGCAUUGGGUUCAGUAGUUUUGAAUCAAAUCAGAAACUAUUA